AUGAUCCAACUUUCACCAUUGAACUGGUCCUCACGAAGAGAAGAGAGUUUCAUUACAGAUACAAGCUGGAGGCAGGGGGCCGGGCACGCCGUGGAGGCUCUCAGAGAGACAACACAAGUCCACUCUGAAUACUUCCCCCACAAAGCUCUUGAGCCAUCUGUUUUCGUCACGUUUCAGGGCUUCUUGCGGAGUUCGUGUCGUUUGGAGCAUUUGUAUUGCACGCCGGAGAACACGGUUGAUACUUUGGAAGGCCAACAAGAUCGUCUAACAGGCAAAAAGGAACUUCUAACAGGCCAACAGGAUCGUCUAACAGGCAAAAAGGAACAUCUAACAGGCCAACAGGAUCGUCUAACAGGCAAAAAGGAACUUCUAACAGGCCAACAAGAUCGUCUAACAGGCAAAAAGGAACAUCUAACAGGCCAACAAGAUCGUCUAACAGGCAAAAAGGAACAUCUAACAGGCCAACAGGAUCGUCUAACAGGCAAAAAGGAACUUCUAACAGGCCAACAAGAUCGUCUAACAGGCAAAAAGGAACUUCUAACAGGCCAACAAGAUCGUCUAACAGGCAAAAAGGAACUUCUAACAGGCCAACAAGAUCGUCUAACAGGCAAAAAGGAACUUCUAACAGGCCAACAAGAUCGUCUAACAAGCAAAAAGGAACUUCUAACAGGCCAACAGGAUCGUCUAACAAGCAAAAAGGAACUUCUAACAGGCCAACAAGAUCGUCUAACAGGCAAAAAGGAACUUCUAACAGGCCAACAAAAUCGUCUAACAGGCAAAAAGGAACUUCUAACAGGCCAACAGGAUCGUCUAACUAGCAAAAAGGAACUUCUAACAGGCCAACAAGAUCGUCUAACAAGCAAAAAGGAACUUCUAACAGGCCAACUAGAGCGUCUAACAGACCAACAAAGCUUCUAA